AUGGCGGGCUCAGACACAGUAUUAUUGUUGGGGAUCUUGGUUGAUGAUAUCCGUCAUAUCACCAGAGACGGAGAAGGGAGGCGAAGCUGUUCCCAUGGUAAAGUCGAUGGCUCAGCGCAUCUGGAAAUGAACCGGGACUGCGUGGGAGGGGAGGCCGAGUGCGAAAUCGGGCAGUUAAGCGAGCUGGGGGGCGUAUUCGCUCCCACCCACGCCACCCCGUUCGGGUCUGCGACGGAAUGGAUGGCCUCUGAAGACGUGAUUACCUCGGCGCCGGGAGUUCUCCGCGUCAAACCAAACACUGAAAGGAGUCACGGGAUGCCAGUGCUUGAUCAGCAGUACUAA